AAAAAAAGAGUUAAUACCAUGAAAAACUCCAAAUUGGUACACUCGUGACAAAUUUAUCAUAAAUUAAUUUUUUGAUCAUGAAAGAACUCAAACUGGUACACCUGUGACAAUUUUAUCUUUCGUUAGUUUCUGUUAAAUUUUACAGUCAAAUUUUUGAGUUAGAUAACACGUGACAGUUGAGGGGUGUACCAGUUUGGAGUUUUAUCUUCCGUUUGCCACAUGUGUACAAGUUUAUUGUUUUUCGUGGUAUUAAUCCAAUUUAACGAAAGGUAAAUUUAUCACAGAUGUACCGGUUUGGAAUUUUUGGUGGUCAAAAAAUUAAUUUGGGGUAAAUUUGUCACAGGUGUACCGGUUUGGGAUUUUUCGUGCUAUUAACAACAACAAAAAAAGAAUGAUCUGGUUUUCAGAAUAAUUUUCAACAAAUGAUGACCUAAUAAAGAUAUCUGGAGUCAAGGAUGCCACCAUAGAUGGAAUAUGAUUAGGGUCUCCUUUUGUGCAGUAAUUUACCAUAUUUAUAUUAUCUGGAUUAAGCCUGGGUAUAGGAUAACUAUCCAGCCGGGUUUCCUUUUAUGGUUCAGAAAGCUGUACUAAGAUUCAAGCUUCCGAAAUUGUAACUUGCAUUAGCUUAACAUACCAAUAAAAUUCUAUCUAUAAUUUUUCCCACAUACUAAAUUUCUUUGGCUAAACUUGCUUGAUGCCAUUUCAAAUUAAAAAAGUUUUAUUUCACGGUAAUAAUACGCAUUUGAAUGAAAAUGUGCUUAGCUGUAGAAAGUAUCUGUACAGGAUAAAUUUUCUCUUUAACCUUUCAGAUGUUUCUUACAACAUGAUCACCAAUGAGAAAACACAUAGAGAACUUACUUCAAUCUCCUCCAGCUCAUAUAAGUUUUUGGCAAGUUCCAAAGGAUUUUUUUGAGAAAUUUAACUUUAAAAAGAAUUCAGCAUGAAAAUUAAAGAAAAUGAGUAGUACUUCAGCAAAACAUGAUUUUGGUAAUGUUCCAGAUCUUUUUUUCAAUGUUGGUAAUGUACCAGAUAUUUUUCUCCUUGAUUGGUAACCUCAUGAACCUAUGUUGAAUGAGUAAUAAACCAAUCCAAAAAGGGGAAGGAGAGUAAUUAGGAAUCCACCAAAAAGACACCUCAACCGGAGGUGCAUGUACUACAUAUGGCAAAAACGUGAAAAAAGGUAAGAUAGGAUUUGGCAAUACCUCAUUGUUACCGGUGAAUUCUUCUCUAGAUUAGUCCGUUGUGGAUCUGACUUGUAUUGUCAUACGCACGAGUCUCACGUGGGAAUCACUAGAUCUAUUGGUUCAAUUGGCUCGGUCUACUAUGAAUGGAGUCUAGGCAAGAAUUCUUACGUGCACCAUUUGGUGACAGAAGCUAAACCCUUUCCAUGUGUUUCCCUCUCAUUACCAGCUUAAAAACGAGAGGAGAGGCGUUAAGAAGCCAGCUUUCGCACAUAGCCUGGCCAUCGAAGAGGCAGUUACUUCCUGUUCAACACACACACAAAGCACGCAUGGCCUUCACUUCAUUACUCUUCUUUCGUCUCUUUUUCUCAUUUUCAGCCUCUAUGUAAGCUCAGAUAUGACCAUCCAGCUUUGCUAGUGCAAUAGCCUAUAUAAACCAGACUUGGUCACUCACACAAUCUACACAACCCUCAUAAAGAUUCUCUUCGUAUACACUUUCUCUGCUUCUGUUUGUGUGAAGAUUUUUAGGUUCUUUGUGUCUGAGCAAUGGCUGACGAAGUAGAAGCUCUUAUUGACGAACUUUAUGCAAUGGUCACCUCCCUCGAGGAACAAGUAUCCUGUUAUCCUUUGUUCUUUGAAUUUUUGCAUCUGAAAAUGAAACAGUGUUGUUUGUUGUUUUAAUUUUUUUUGGCCAAAGUUGUUUAUUUAAUUCGAGAGUGAAUGAAACCACCCUUUUCUUGGUUUGCAUAUGUCAGGAAAUGGCAGAAUCUUUCAAGACUAGUGGAGUUCGAAAAUGUUUUUCUAGUUUCAACUAAAGAAAAAGUAGCCUUUUUCAAAACAAUCUUUCAGCUUUGAGUGAAACAUCGACAAAUUGAACCUGUUUGUUUUACCAAUUCCAAUUUGAGAAAAUGGUAGCCUUUUCAUUGAAACAAGCCUUUUGGUUUUGAAUGAAGCACAGACAUAUUGAAAAUGUUUUGUGAAGGUUUAACAAUUGUCAUUGUGAAAUAGUGUGGCAAAAUAUUGACAGAUAUCAUAAAAGUCAAUUCAAAUCUGUUACAUGAAGCAAGUUCAUCGAAUUAUAAUUGAUUUCUCGUGUUGAUCUUUUUCAAGGGCUUGCUGGACAAUCAAUUCAUCACUAAUUAUGAGAUGAAACCGGGUGAUGGCUCCAUGUAUUUCAUAGAGUUGGUCCAAAUGUUCCAUGAAGAUAUUCGAUCAGCGAUGAGAGAUCUAGCUAUUGCUUUGGAACUUCCUACUGUGGACUAUACAGAUAUACGUGAGCAUCAUGCAAAGAUCAAAAGGAUAGUUACAAGCGUCGGUGCUUCAGCGCUGAACCUGCCGCUUGAGGUGCUGCGCCUUGGUGUUGCUGCUUCCUCCAAGGAAGAGUGCGACUUUGCACUGCUCCGCAUACAUCAAGAGUACCAUAAACUGCGUCCGCACUUGGAGAGCAUCACUGAGCUCGAGCGCAGGAUUGUUGACCUUGUGCGCCACCUGGCAAGGCGGGGGAACAACUGAAAUUGGGUGACCAGUGUCUCAUCAAGGUUGCCGGUCCCGAGUAAUGAAAAGAUCAUGGAAAAGUUUUAAAGUGUCUAAUAAAAACUUAUGAUCUAGUCAUGUCUUGUUUGAGCAUCUGAACUUGCUCUCCUUAUGUUAUUUUUGGUGUUUCCUAUCUGAGCAUCUGAAUAUGCUCUUAGUACAAGUAAUGUUGUCGUUUCGUGUGUCGAGCAUCUGAACUGCUCUUGCUUGGUGUUGCUUGUUACUUCUAUGGUUUCUCUUUAUCCUUAUAUAAAUUGAACUCUAUGCUUCAA